AUGAGCAAGUGCAUCAUGGGCCAACAGGACCCAUAUCCUUUCCCCAUACCAUACUGGUCGGACUUAUCAGAGGAGAUCUUCCCCUCCAAGUCGAUGCAUCCCCCCAUGUUGAUGGGGUGGAGUUGGUCCGGUCUCAGCGGUUGUAUCAACUGGCAACGACACACGCCAACACAUCAAGAGGGUCACACUUUGAGCCGCAUCUUUUGUCGACAUGCAUUCGACAACCCUUCCACUCUGUCCGUCUAG